GCGGGUCACGGAUCUUCGUACACUGCGGAUCACGGAAGGAGCCGAAGAUGUCGGCUCGGUCAUGUGAUCAGCUGUGUCCAAUCACAGCUGAUCACAUGGGACAUAUACACUGAUCAUCAGAGCACUGAUGAUCAGUGUGCCCUGAUGAUCAGUGUGGCCCCAGAAGUGACACCUUUUCAGUGUCCAUCAGUGCCAGCAGUCAGUGCUCAUCAGUGCCUUGUGCCAGUGCCCAUCAGUGCCACAUCAAUGGCACAGAUCAGUGCAUACCAGUGCACAUCAAUGCCACAUAUCAGUGCCCAUCUGAGCUGCCUUUCAGUGCCGCGCAUCAGUGCCGCGCAUCAGUGCCCAUCAGUGAUGCCUGUCAAUGCCCAUCAGUGCAAUCUACCAGUGCCUCCUCAUCAG